GGGGGACCCGGACAGGGGCGGGCAGAGCGUGGCAGAACCUCCCCAGGACCCGAGGAAGGGCCCACUGGGUGGUGUGGACGCGAGCUCCAGGCCGACCGGCAAGACCGCCGGGUUCCCUGACUUCAGGGAGCAUAUCACCAAGAUCUUUGAGAAAUCCGUGCUCGGGACCCUGACCGCCGACCGGCCCCAGCGCGCACCCGGAGAAAAGGCAGGCGCUGGCAGGAGUGUGGGGGGCAAGGACCUGGAGAAGCUCCCAGAGGGGACGCCGGCAGCCCCUCUCCCCGCCCCUCCUGCUGGACCCCCAGGGGACUCCGAGAAGAAGGGGCAAGCGCUGGGUGUUGAGGCCGAGUCUUCCCCUCGGGGCCCCCAGGACCCCGCUCCAGGGAAGCUGCUGGGGCUGGCAGGGCCGGGUGCAGAGCAGGACGUGCCAGGUGCCCGUGCGGAGAAGGGAAUGACCGGUGCCCCCCAGAAGCCAGAGGAGGUCGGACAGGCCGGGCCAGGCUGCGGAGACCAGGCCCCCGGAAGUGGCCGCCAGGAAUCAGCCCCGGGUCCUUCUGCACCAGCCGCUCCUGCAGAGACUCCUGUGGGGAGCGCCGCUGACGCGAAGGUGGCCCCCCAGAGCCGCAGGGAAGGGGACUCAGCUCAAGAGGACAGAAUUCCUUCUGGAAAACAGCUCCAGGCCCCCCCUGCCAGCCAACCCCGAGCAGAUGGAGCCCAGAGCUGGGCUCCCGCAGGGGGUCCGGGCACCACGCCGGGGUCCAGCUCUGCCCAGGCGGCACCUUCUCCCCGUGGGGAAGCUCUGAUCCUGGCCGAGCCCAGCAGUGAGCCCUGCGUCCCCGACACAGGCAGCGGGGAGAGGGGGCCAGGGGGUGCUGCUGGGACCCCGGAAAAACAAAGUGCGCCAGGCAGCCAGUGCACCCCUGAGCUGGCAGCAGAGGUGGCCGCUCCCCGGGAGCCCAGCUCAGAGGCAGGAGCCGCCAGGGAAGCAGAGGGCACUGUGGGCGCCGCCGAGACCCGGGCACAGGCGCCCAGCGACCUGCCGGAGAUGGGUGCAACGAGAAUGUUCCCUGGAGCAGCUCCUGCCUCCGUUCCGCCGGGGAGCUGCGGGGACCCGGGCGUGGAGGCUGCGGGUGCCCGGUGUGGGGACACCCCAGCAGAACCCCAACCCCAGCCUCAGCUUCCCAGUCCUGCUGGGGACAGGAAGGCUGGUGUCUCCUCGUCUGCAGCAUCUGAAGAAAGGCGGGACCCUGACCUGGCUCCAGGAGCGCCCCCUGCUGAGAGCUCCCCUGUAGCAGGUGAUGUCACCCAGGCAGCUGCCCCUGAAGACCUGGAAAACCCACCCGCAGCCGCCUCUUCCCACCACGGUGGCGUCAUCAGCCAGGUCUCCACGGAUCUGACAGCCCAGAGCUCCCCAGCGGCAGCCCACUCGGACCUCCCUCCGCCGGCCUCAGCACACGCAGCUCUGCCUUCUGCCUCGGCUGGCGACGGAGUAGAAGCGCCCACUCCCUCCUGCCAGGGUCUGGCCAAGGACUUGGGCAGGAGUUCUGACUCUGAAGAAGCGUUUGAGACCCCAGAGUCGACGACCCCUGUCAAAGCUCCACCGGCCCCACCCCCACCACCCCCGGAAGUCAUUCCAGAGCCCGAGGUCAGCGCGCAACCUUCCCCGGAAGAACCAGGGUGCAGCGCCGAGCUGGUGUCCGUCCCCGAUGGCCCGCGCCGCCCCUCGGUGGACGGCAGUCCCUUCCGGCCUCCCACCCACUCCUUCUCCGCCGUCUUUGACGAGGACAAGCCCAUAGCCAGCAGCGGGACGUACAACCUGGACUUCGACAGCAUCGAGCUGGUCGACACGUUCCAGACCUCGGAGCCGCGCUCCUCGGACGCCAGGAGCCAGGACUGCAGAGCGAACGCGCGGAGGAAGUCCACCGACUCCGUCCCCACCUCCAAGUCCACGCUGUCCCGCUCGCUCAGCCUGCAGGCCAGUGACUUCGACGGUGCUUCCUGCUCAGGCAACACCGAGGCCGCAGCCCCGGCCCCAGACACCAGCAGCACGGGUUCGAGCGGCGAUUCUAGUACCCUUAAGCGAACUAAGAAACCGAGGCCACCUUCCUUAAAAAAGAAACAGGCCACAAAGAAGCCCCCAGAAACACCCCCGGUGAGAGAGACACAGCAGGAGCCGACCGAGGAGAGCCCGGUCCCCGGCGAGGAGAACCGCGCAUCUGAGACAGAAACGGAGUCGGCCCAGCCGGAAGGUUCUGGACCGGCCCCAGCUGAGGAGGCACCCCCAGAACCUGCGGCCGUGCCCAAGGCUGCCUGUCCUCUGGACUCGGAGGGUGCCGAAGGGGCCCUCCCCCCAGCCUCUGGCGGUGGCAGAGUCCAGAACUCACCCCCCAUUGGGAGGAAGUCGUUGCCUCUUGCCACGGCCCCAGAGGCGGUGGAGGUGACCCCAGCAGAUAGCGGGGGACAGGAGGACUCCCCAGCCAAAGGGCUGUCGGUGAGGCUGGAGUUUGACUAUUCUGAGGACAAAGGCGGUUGGGACAGCCCGCAGGAGAACCCCCCUCCUACCAAAAAGAUAGGCAAAAGGCCGGUUGCCAAAAUGCCCCUAAGGAGGCCAAAGAUGAAAAAAAACCCCGAGAAACUUGACAACACUCCUGCCUCGCCCACCAGCUCCCCCGCGGAGCCCAGCGACAUCCCCAUUGCGAAAGGGACCUACACCUUCGACAUCGACAAGUGGGAUGACCCCAGUUUUAACCCUUUUUCCUCCACCUCGAAAAUGCAGGAGUCUCCCAAACUGCCCCAACAAUCGUACAGCUUUGACCCCGACUCCUGUGAGGAGUCCGCGGACCCCUUUCAGACCCCCAGCUCGCCUUCGGAACCUCCAGCUUCCUUUGAGAUCCCGGCCGGCGCCUCGGACGGCGGUGCUGUGGACAGCGACGGGCUGAACAAGCCCAAGAAGAAGAAGACGCCGCUGAAGACUGACACAUUUAGGGUGAAAAAGUCGCCGAAACGGUCUCCUCUCUCUGACCCACCUUCUCAGGACCCCCCUCCAGCGGUGCCACCAGAAACGCCACCAGUGAUCUCGGCCGUGUUGCACGCCACCGACGAGGAGAAGUUGGCGGUCACCAGCCAGAAGUGGACAUGCAUGACGGUGGACCUGGAGGCCGACAAGCAGGACUACCCGCAGCCCUCGGACCUGUCCACCUUUGUCAACGAGACCAAAUUCAGCUCGCCCACGGAGGAGUUGGAUUACAGAAACUCCUAUGAGAUCGAAUACAUGGAGAAGAUCGGCUCCUCCUUACCUCAGGACGACGACGCCCCGAAGAAGCAGGCCUUGUACCUUGUGUUCGACACCUCUCAGGAGAGCCCGGUCAAGUCCCCGCCCGGCCGGAUGUCGGAGCCCCUGCCGCCGUGUUCAGGGUCGAGUUUCGAGGAGACGGAAGCCCUCGUGAACGCCGGGGCAAAGCCCCCCCAUCCGGCCGCACGCGGGCUGGCCCCCUCCCAGGAGGCACACUUGCCGGUGCCAGAGAAAUCCGCCCAGAAAGAGCUGGAGGCCAUGGCCCUGGGCACUGCCGCCGACGUGAUGGAAAUCAGAGAAGCUGCUCACCCAGCAGAUGUCUCCCUCUCCAAAGCAGCCCUGUACUCGCGCCUCGGGACCGCCGAGGUGGACAAGCCGGCGGGCCUUCUGUUCCAGCAGCCGGACCUGGACUCCGCCCUGCACAUCGCCAGAGCAGAGAUCAUAACCAAGGAGAGGGAGGUCUCGGAGUGGAAGGAUAAAUACGAAGAGAGCCGGCGGGAAGUGAUGGAGAUGAGGAAGAUAGUGGCCGAGUAUGAGAAGACCAUCGCUCAGAUGAUAGAGGAUGAACAGAGGGAGAAGUCGGUCUCCCACCAGACGGUCCAGCAGCUGGUCCUGGAGAAGGAGCAAGCCCUGGCCGACCUUAACUCCGUGGAAAAGUCCCUGGCUGAUCUCUUCCGGAGGUACGAGAAGAUGAAGGAGGUGCUGGAAGGCUUCCGCAAGAACGAAGAGGUGCUGAAGAAGUGCGCGCAGGAGUACCUGUCCCGAGUGAAGAAGGAGGAGCAGAGGUACCAGGCCCUGAAGGUGCACGCGGAGGAGAAGCUGGACAGGGCCAAUGCGGAGAUUGCCCAGGUCCGGGGCAAAGCCCAGCAGGAGCAGGCUGCCUACCAGGCCAGCCUGCGGAAGGAGCAGCUGCGGGUGGACGCCCUGGAGAGGACGCUGGAACAGAAGAAUAAAGAGAUAGAAGAACUCACCAAGAUUUGUGACGAGCUGAUAGCCAAAAUGGGGAAGAGCUAACUCGGAACCGCAUGUUUGGACGUGACCGGUGCGUGCACUGUGGCCAUCGGCACGCUGCUGUCCCUCCGGCCUCGUGGACAGGUUCCGUUUCCACUUGCCCGUAUGCACUACUGUGUCCCUCUCUAAAUACGUUGGUUUGAUUGUAUGCAGUGCUAAGGAGACUCUCGGAAUUUCUUGCUAUUGGUUUGCAUUUUUCCUGGUCUGAUUCAUAGCAAGUUGACCUCAGAGUUCCUGUAUCAGGGAGAUGGUCUGAUGCUCUAAUAAAAGACACAUCGCUCACCUUGGCCUGCCCUUUGUCCCCGAGUGCCCAGGGCGAGCGCUUUGGGGUUUCAUAAACAUGUACAGAUCGCACAGGGAUCUUGCCUUAAGGAGUGUACACUUGAUCUGCAUUUGCUGAUUUGUUUUAAAAAAAGAAAAGAAAAUGCAUGUUUCGGAUAAAAUUCUCUAUUGUAAAUAAACUUUUUUUCCCUUUGGAUCUUGGC